AUGGCUUAUACAUCAUCUGAAAUGUCUCCUAUGAAUGGUGGAGAUGGCCUUUAUAGUAACAACAAGAAUUCCACUUAUCAGGUAGACGUCUACACAGAUGCAAUACUUGGGAUGUUCUGUUGGACCCAACACAUUCAUCGCGGUGAAAACAUUGUAGAAUCCAUAAAACUCCAGUGCCAGUCUCAUGGUCUUACUUCAGAAGCUGUGGAAUUUCAAGUCUUCUUCAAUGACCUUGCUUCCAAUGAUUUCAACAUGCUUUUCAACUCUCUGCAGUCUCAUGAUGGGCAAUACUUUGCAGCCGGUGUACCAGGUUCUUUUCACGGCCGCUUAUUCCCCAAGGCGUCUCUUUAUUUCGUCAACGCCUCUUAUGCAGUUCAAUGGCUCUCAAGGAUUCCAAUGGAGGUGGUUGACGAAAAGUCGCCUGCAUGGAAUAAGGGGAGGAUCCAUUAUACAAAUGCUCCUGAUGAAGUUGUUGAGGCUUACUCAGCUCAAUUUGCUAAGGACGUCGAGUCCUUUUUAAAUGCCAGGACACGAGCUUGUCCAUGGAGGUCUCAUGGCAGUUCUCAUCCCAUGUAUCCCAGUUGGGAUCCUUCCUUCCCAAAGCCCUCUCACCGCAGUCAUCGAUCUUUUAGGAGCCACUGUCCUUGA